CAUGGUAGGUUUGAAAAGUGCUCCAACGUUGCCCAGGAGGAGCUUAUUCCAAGUAGCCAAGGAGAACAGGAACAUCUCCACCCAUGCCCCUGCACUAUGGAUCCAUGCUACAACCUCACAAACGUUCCAGAACCCAUGGACUUCCACCUGCAGGUGCUGGUGGGCUCCUUCCUCGCCAUCCUCAUUGUGUUCACCCUCUGCGGUAACGUCGUUGUCUGCCUGGCUGUCACCUUUGACCGCCGGCUCCGCAGCCUGACAAACUGUAUCAUCGUCUCCUUGGCCAUCACGGACCUGCUGCUGAGCCUCCUGGUGCUGCCCUUCUCUGCCUUCUACGAGCUCACCCACAAGUGGCCCUUCGGCAGCAUUCUGUGCAACAUCUACAUCAGUCUGGAUGUCAUGCUGUGCACAGCCUCCAUCCUCAACCUCUUCAUGAUCAGCCUGGACCGCUACUUUGCGGUCACCACCCCUCUGCGCUACAGCCAGCUGGUCACUCCCUCGCGGGUGACCGUGGGCUUGGUCAUUAUUUGGGCGGUUUCACUCAUGGUCUCCUUCCUACCAAUCCACCUGGGCUGGAACACUAAUGGGACAGCAGUGCAAAACACGGCCUCCAACUGCAGCGAGGAGUGCAAGCUGGAGGUGAACCCGGUGUACGGGCUUGUGGACGCCUUGCUCACCUUCUACGUCCCGUUGGUCAUCAUGUGCAUCACCUACUACCGAAUAUUCAAGAUAGCAAGGGAGCAGGCCAAGAGGAUAAACCACACGUGGUCUUGCGGCAACAACACCCCCAUGCCGCCCAUCGUGAAAGAGCACAAAGCCACAGUGACCCUGGCAGUUGUUUUGGGGGCCUUCGUUGUGUGCUGGUUCCCCUAUUUCACAGUAUUCACUUACCGGGGCAUGUGGGGGGACAGCAGCGUGAAGGGAGCGCCCAUGUCCAUCGUCCUCUGGCUGGGCUAUGCCAACUCAGCCCUCAACCCCAUCCUCUACGGCACCCUCAACAGGGAUUUCCGCGUGGCCUACAAGCACCUGCUGCACUGCUGGAAGCCGGGGGGGCCCCGGGGCUGCCUGCCCGCCCUCCGCAAGGCCCAGCCCAGGAGCAAACAGCAGGGCCAGGGUGGGCACGAGGGAAAACCCCUGCGCCUGGAGAUGAGGAACGGGACGGGGACCUUGCUGGCUGACGGAGCACUCGAGAGGAUGCCCAGCCUGGCACACAGUGUUCACUCCAUCCCGGAGCACUGGAGAAGCCUCUGCCUGCUCAAGCUUCCUCCCUGCAGGCUUGUGUGGCGCCGCGCCGCCUGCGAUGCCCAGCCGCCCCCGCUGCCUUCGGUGCUGAAGCCAGCAGACGCCCGGCGCUGCCCGCACCCAGCACCCACCUGCCAGUGCGCACUGCAGCCUGGCACCACGGAGCCGGGCACCACGGAGCCGGGCACCACGGAGCUGGGCACCACGGAGCCCAUCGAGAACAGGGCACUCGACUCCACGCUGCUGGUGCCGGCAGCCACAGUAGCGCUGCCGAUGGGCUCGUGCCCAUCACGCUGGCGGGUCGGUGAGGAUGAUGCCGGUGGGCCCAUCACAGUGGUGCAGAGGAGCAGGGAAAGCCACAGCCGCUGGCACAGGCCGUGA